AUGCUGCUCCUCUAUUGCGCCGCGCUUUUCGGCCUGGGCUAUGCAGCCCAAGAGGUAAUGCAGGCCGAGUCAAAUCCCGACGACGGCUUUCGCGUGUGCCGGAGUAGUCAUUCCCCCGAUCACUCGGUUCGCAUCCGACGGCAGGAUGAAUCGAUCUGCGCUGCGGGAUCGCCGCAGUACACCGGCUGGCUCGAUAUCGGGUCUCGCCAUUUGUUUUUCUGGUACUUUGAGGGUCCUAAUGAUCUCGUCAAUGACCCAUUAACUCUUUGGAUGACCGGUGGGCCCGGCGGCUCCAGCAUGAUCGGCCUCAUUGGAAAUGGCACCUACCACAAUCCCUGGGGCUGGUCUCGUAAUCCGUCGCUGCUUUUCGUCGAUCAGCCGGUCGAUGUCGGAUUUUCCUACGUUGACAAAGGCUAUAACAUCCCGCAUGACUCGCAGGAGGCCGCCGUCGACAUGCACAGGUUCCUUCAGCUGUUUAUCUCUGAGGUCUUUCCUCAUCACCUCGAUACCCCUGUCCACCUUUCGGGUGAAUCGUUUGCAGGCAAAUACAUACCAUAUCUUGGCACGCAGAUCGUGCUGCAGAAUAAGCUCUAUCCCAACCAGCCUCAGAUCCAACUAAAGUCAUGUCUGGUGGGCAAUGGCUUUAUGUCACCGAAAGAUUCAUAUUUCGGAUACUGGGCAACACUUUGUACAACUAACUUCGGGGUUGCAGAGCCCGUCUUCAACCAAACCAGGUGUGAUAUCAUAGCGGCGAACAUGCCUCGAUGCCAGGAGGUGAUGGACACCUGCGUCCGAAACCCCGAUCCCGCCGUCUGCGCUGCCGCUUCCGCCGUCUGCUACAAGGGUGUGGUAGGAUGGUAUGAGGACGAGUCUGGCAAGGGUGGUCGCAACCGCUUUGAUAUCACGGCGCCGUGCGAGAUCGAUAACAUUUGCUACAUUGAAGCAGCCCGCAUUGAACAGUACCUCAAUAGCCCCAGGGUGUGGAAUGCUCUCUCGCCCCCCAAGCAGGUUAAGAAAUACAAAAUCGAUUCCGAUGCCGUCGCUCGUGCGUUUGGCACUACUUCCGACACCAUGACGUCCGCUUCGGACCUGGUGGCCUUUCUGCUGGAGAACCAGGUGCACUAUCUAGCCUACCAAGGCAAUCUCGAUCUUGCCUGCAACACCGCUGGGAAUCUGCGAUGGGCGGAUUCGCUCCGCUGGAAGGGACAGGCUGAGUUUACAUCCAAGCCGCUUCAGCCAUGGAAGUCGGUGCUGGCGGCGACAGGGGUGAACGAGACCGUUGGGAAGAUGAAAGCGAUCCAAGUUCGUGUCAGUGGCCAUGCCGACACACCGUCGCGAUUUGCGAUUGUGAAUGUUGAUGAUUCGGGUCAUUUUCUUCCUCAAAACCGGCCGGAUGUUGCACUGGAUAUAAUGACGCGCUGGAUUACGGGAGCGGCUUUUGUCUGA